AUGCUGGAAAGAGAAUAUGCACAGGAGGAACAUGCAAUGCAGAGAGUGAUGUCAGCAAAAAUGGCAGAGCAGGCAAACCCAAACUCUUGUCCCCCCACAAAGAAAACCAGAAAAAUGAAGCAGACUGUCAGAACCAAAUUUGUCAGAACGCUGGUUAUCAGUCAAAGGCCUACAGCACUCAAGCGAAUGCUGAAUGAAGGAAAAGGCAACGUAAAAAUGAAUGCUCAGACAUCAGACACAUUUCAAGAGGAUCUGGUGGAGAAAAAGUGCUUAACUGAAAAAUACACACAUCUCUCCUGUAAUAAAGUCUUCUGCCCACCAUGGCGGAGAUGCAUCCAAGGGGCCUGUAGUUGUAAACUCCCUUAUCAGUGCCCAAAGAAUGGUACCAUGGUGUGUUCAACCAACGGGAAAAGCUACCCGACUUACUGUCAGCAAAAGAGUUUUGAAUGUAUUCGUCCAGAGGCAAAGUUUUUAAAUAGUGGAACAUGCACAGCUGAAGGGCAAUUUAGUGUUUCCUUGAAGUAUGGAAAUACAGAUUCAGAGGGAUUUGUUGAAGUAAAACUUGUGAACCAAGAGAAGAAAAUGUUUGUAUGUAAAGAGAACUGGAGCAUGACACAGGCCAACGUGGCCUGCCUCGACCUUGGAUUUCAACUAGGAGCUCAUGAUACUCAAGGAACAUUUCAAUUUCCUGAAGAUCUCCCCCCAGGUUCCUCUGAAUGUCUGUCUGUGCGUUGUCAAGGAUUAGAGACCAGUUUGGCUGAAUGUACUAUUAGUAAGAGAGAAACUACCAGCACCCAGGAUUUAGCUGUUGUGGUGUGUUACACACAGAAUGCAGUUUUGCCAGGUGACUCCUUUCAGUGUGUGAACGGGAAACACGUUCCUCAAAAGAGUGCCUGCGACGGUGUCAAUGACUGUGGAGACCAGAGUGAUGAGCUGUGCUGUAAAGGGUGCCGAGGCGAAAGUUUCCUGUGUAAAUCGGGAGUUUGUAUCCCAAAGCAGUACAAGUGCAAUGGUGAGAUGGACUGCAUCACGGGAGAAGACGAGGUCGGCUGUGAAGGGUUUUUACGUGUGGCUCAAGAAGAAGUUUUGACUGCUGAUAUGGAUGCAGAAAGAAAAUGGAUAAAGUCAUUUUCCCCUAAACUAUCCUGUGGAGUUAAACACAGCUCGCCCAUUCGAAGGAAACGAGUCGUAGGAGGAAAGCCGGCACACGCGGGAGACCUCCCGUGGCAGGUGGCAAUUAAGGAUGUCAGUGACACCUCCCUCAGCUGUGGAGGAGUUUAUAUCGGUGGCUGUUGGAUUCUGACUGCUGCACAUUGUGUCAGAGUCAGUAGAGUUCACCGUUACCAAAUAUGGACAUCGUUAGUAGACUGGUUAAAUCCUAACUCUGGAGUACUCGUUCAGUGGGCAAAUAGAGUUAUUAUCCAUGAGAACUACAACGGAUCCACCUACCAAAAUGACAUAGCCUUGAUUGAACUGAAAAAACGCUCAAACCAAAAAGAAUGUGUGCUGCCUAAUUCCAUCCCUGCCUGUGUGCCCUGGUCUCCGUAUCUGUUCCGACCUAAUGAUACAUGCAUCGUUUCUGGCUUUGGUCGAGAAAAAGGUCUUAAGAAAGUCUUCUUACUUAAGUGGGGUGAGGUUCAUCUAAUCGGCGACUGCUCUAAGUACUACGCAGAUCGCUACUUUGAGAAAGAAAUGGAAUGUGCAGGUACAAGUGACGGUUCCAUUGAUGCCUGUAAAGGGGACUCUGGAGGCCCCUUAGUCUGUCAGGAUGCCAACAAUGUGACUUAUGUUUGGGGUGUUGUGAGUUGGGGUGAAAACUGUGGAAGACCAGGCACUCCAGGCGUUUACACCAAAGUGGCCAAUUAUUUUGACUGGAUUAGCUACCAUGUGGGAAGGUCUCUUAUUUCUCUGCACAAUGUAUAAAACUGUGAUCUCUCUCUUCUUUCUGCUCUUUUUUUCUCAGGAGUUCUGUUGAAGUUGAAAUGAUACUGCAUAAUUAGUACUUCUCUAGG